ACGCCAAAGUAAAGCGCUGCGCCGACGACACCACCAAACCGGACACCGAAGCGACGCAACCAACUCGAGAACUUAUCUCCAUCUCCAGAACAGGCAUGCGCGCCCUGAUGCCGGAGCGGAGGAAGAGCCGGUCGCGGCUCUCCGCUGUCCGGGUGGGGCGAUCGCCGGCGGCCGCAUCACCGUCCCCGCCGCCGCGCCGCCACCGCAAGCGCGGGAGCGGGAGCGGGAGCGGGAGCGGUGCGCGGGGACUUCGGAUGGCCGUUCACCCGGCGCCGCUGGGGCCCUCGCGGCGGUCGCGGACGCGGCGGGAGGGGAAGGGGCGGGCCCUCGCCCGCUCCACGUCCGAGCCGGCGCUCUGGUUCGGCUCGCGGGUCCACGCCGUGCCGGACGGGUUUGACCACGACUCCUCGUCGUCUCCGCCGCCACCGCCACUCGAGCGCCCCCACACAUGCUUUGACGUCUUCGUGCCGGACUCGCCGUUCAGCCAUUCACUCUCCGCCGCCUCCCUCAACAAGCCCAGUCCCUGGGAGGAGGCGAAGGUGGUGGUGAGCGUGACGGUGGAGGGGAGCGUCGGGCCGGUAAAGGCGAUGGUCAGGCUAGACGCCAGCGUCGGAGAGGCCAUUGCGGCGGUGGUGGAGAGGUACGCCAGGGAGGGGCGAAGCCCGCGCCUGGACCCGGCUGCCGCGGAGGCCUUCCAGCUUCACCACUCUCACUUCAGUCUUCAGAGUCUGAACAAAAAUGACAAAAUUGGAGAUGUGGGAGGUAGAAAUUUCUACCUACACAAGAGUGAUUCAAGCAACAGGCUUUACCUUCAGGGCGAAGAACCGGAUGGAAAUUUUACUGGUAGUGAAACUUCAUGGAGCCGUGGAGAAUUAUCUAGUGCUCCAUACCACUUCCAGGUCUUCACCAUUGUCAUUAAGAAGCUCGACAAAAUUGGCCGGCGGACUAAAAGGAUUUGGAGGUUCAUCACCUGCGACAACUGUACAUGACAUGCAUCCAAGUACCAGUUAACUAACCAAAGGUGUGGCAUGAUUCCAAUUAGGUAGUUAACCAAUGUAUUGUCUGGUGUGUAUAAUAAUUCCUAUCAGUAGUUAUCUAUUAUACAGUGUGUCGAACUUCGACUUGUACACAUCCUGUCCUGUUAGUGGUUAGCCAUAUUUUAGCGGUUUGCAAGCGGGAGAUUCUUCUUCUUGGGAAUUGAAACCAUGGAAAGGAUAAUGGCUGGACCAUAGUGAUGGUUUCCAGUUCCAGCUGCUCCAACCAGAUUUCAGCUUCUUUUGUCAACAGCUGACGUAGUAUCUUGAUACGACAAAUGUGUGAUGAGGUAUGCAUACAAGUUUUCUUCUGCCGCCCGAGAUGUGAAA